UGGAAGAAGGAGCAGGCACGCGAACAAGAAGGCGGCCACCGCCGAGGGCCACGCUGUGCCCUGUAAACGCCGGCGCCGAGCCUGCGGUCGAGGCUCGGGACGGGUAGGGUUGGGGCCACCGAUUUAUGAAGACGCGUCUCGGACGACACCCGUCAUGAGCCUCGCCGCCGCCUUGUGCACCAUCGUCGCAGUGACGGCGCCCGGUGCUCUAGCUUUUGCCGACGUCCGGAUGAAGGCCCUGCUGGUGCCAUGUGACAACAAGGCGUACCAACCGACCGAAGUCCGCAAUGGCCUCACCAAAUGCAAGAACAAGAUAGAAGUGACGCUACUCGUGAACAACACGCCUGGGGGCAACAAAGGAAAAAGCUAUAUUCACCUAACGGAAGUGUACGAACCAGAACUGGAGAGGACAUCGCAUCUUUUAAACACCAUUGUGAUUCAGCUCCGACAAGAGGAACUGCUGCUUGCGUAUCCAAUGAGAUACGUCGCGACCGUGAACGGAAAGGUCACAGAAAAAAUCGUGGCCCAAGACCUCUGUGACUUGACCGUAUGCCCUGGCUACACGCAAAAAAAGAAGAUUCCCCAGGGUUACUGCUGUAACUGCGAGCGGGGCAAAAAUUGCACUGUACACUGCUUGAAGCACAGUCCCCUUUGGUACACCAUGUCACUACUCGGGGCCCCUGUUAUCAAAACAGAGACGUAUGUGCAACUCUUUGUUCAAAAGGAUGGCGCCAGUCUACCCGGGCGCUGGCACACUUUCCCUGAAUUUCCCGAGGACCUCGAGUUGAGCGCCGAUCAUCCGGAGGAUGCAAACAGGGAGAACACGGUCACCGCCAGCUUCCUUUCUGAGAAGGCUGCUGAAACGGCGUUGGUGCUCAAGAAUUACAAGAAGUUACGCGUGCUCGUUCCUUUCCCGUCACAGAGAAUCCCCGUUGCGAAUCUGCCACCUGUUUACGCUAAAGGGUCUGAAAGUAUUUUGCUGCUGCCAAGCAACUUGACGAAGCCUGCUGAUGUCAUGGAAUGCAUAAACAAGUCAUUGGCGGCCACAUCCGAGCACUGCCAUCCGUCCCACAAGCGGUGCCUCGAGGGCGAGCCAUACGAUAUCUUCCUCGAUGAAGAGGAGAGACAAGCCUCUGGGGAGAUGCGUUCUCCAAUCCUGUUGAGCUACUUCAAGGAUAAGCUGCCGGAAUCUCCGAUUCUCUUAGACGAGACAAGUGGAGAGCGGUUCCUCACGUUCAUCUACGAGCACCCGCACCUUAGCGUCAUCCACCUCGAGCUUAAUGCCGAUGACAUUGUUCUCCUCAGGCAAGGGUAG